ACGGAAGUAGCAGUAGCAGAUAGCUGAACGUCUCGAUCUGAACAAAUCUCUUAAUUUUUCUCUAUUUCUUGAACAAGCAUAAUGUAGUUUAAACGCAGAUAGAAUAACGUUUGAGUAGCUUUGUGAUUCUAAAACUCUCCGAGAAACAUUGUUGUCGUUUAGUCUGCUCGUUCAAAGUGAAAUUAAAACGCGCGUCGGUCAAACAUGGCAGAUUAUGAGGACGAAGAUAUCGCAGACAGACCAUCACUUCUGGAGUCAGACUUAACUUGUCCGGUGUGCAAAGACAUAUAUAAAGAGCCUGUGCUGCUCUCCUGUAGCCAUAGUUUCUGUGAGGAAUGUCUGGCAGCGAGCUGGAAAAACCAGUCGAAACGGCUUUGCCCGAUGUGUCGAAAAUGCUGUGACGGAGAGACACCGAUUUCCAACCGCGCACUGAAGAACACCUGCGCAUCCUAUAAAAAAGAGAGAAGUUGGAGAGGGACGGGUUUAGACGAUAUUAUCUGUGGUUUGCACCAGCGACCAUUUCAGCUCUUCUGCAUUAAAGACGAGGAACCUGUGUGCGUCGACUGUGUGACAAUUCACCCGGGACACGAGCUGUCCCCGAUAGACCAAGGGGUGCCUUUCUGCAAGGACGAGCUUAACAUGAAAAUUAAAAUACUGGAAAGCAAGCAGGAUUCGUUCAAACGAAUGAAGAAAAAGUAUAGAGACACAGUCGCCUUUAAUGAGAGCCAGACUAAGGAGGCAGAAGAGCAAAUCAAACAGGAGUUUGAGAGACUCCAUCAGAUCCUAAAUGAUGAGGAAAAAUCUAGAGUAACAGCUUUGAAGAAAGAGGAAACGGAGAAGAAAAUGAUACUGGAGGAGAAGAUUGAGAGCAUAACUCGUGAUAUCUUAGCUCUUGCUGAACUUAUUCAGUCAGUGAAGAGGGAAAUGGGAGCUGAGGAUUUGAUUUUUCUGCAGAAUUUCCAGAAGCUUAAGAGAAGAACCCAGUGGACUGGUGAGGAUCCACCGAAGGUCCAAGGAGCUCUUAUAAACAUGGCCUCGCAUGUUGGUGCUCUGGGUUACAAAGUCUGGGAGAAAAUGCAGUUUCAUGUCCAGUGUUUGCCUGUAAUCCUAGAUCCCAACACAGUCUCUCCCUGGCUCUCUGUGUCUCGUGAAUUGUCCAGUGUGAAAGAGAGUCUUGAGAGGCAGUCUUUCCCAGACAACCCUGAGAGGUUUGACCCCUGUGUUUUUGUCCUUGGCUCAGAGGGUUACUCCUCAGGGCGCCACCGCUGGGAGGUCCAUGUAGCCGACAACCCCAAAUGGAUCUUGGGAGUAUGCAAGGAGUCAGUGGUUCGGAAGAGGAAGUUCACAGUGACAACAACAGCAGGUGUGUGGACCAUUGGGCUGAGUAAAGGAGUCUACAAUGCCCUGACCACUCCACGCACUGUGCUGAAUGUAGAAAGAAGGCCAGAAACCAUACGGAUAAAGCUCAAUAUAGAAAAGGGAGAAGUAUCCUUCUGGGAUACAGGCAACAACAAGCACCUAUGCACGUUUACUGAUAAGUUCUCUGGAAAGCUGUUCCCCAUCUUUGGCCCAGGCCUCCACCACACACCCUUGACAAUCUUGCCUGCCAAAGUAACCAUCCAUAAACAAUAAGUAGACUUGGUAUGCAUCUUUAGCAUACAGACAUGUUAAGUCGAAAAAGUAAGGGGCAGUUCACACAACGUGUUUUUGUGUUUUAAAAAACAGCACAAUAAAUGGAAGAAUGCAGAUGUUGAUUUAAUGUCAGAAAUCCUUGAAAUUCAUCUUAUGCCUUUGUUAAUUGGUCUUUAAAAGGGUUUUAAUUAAUUUCAUGUUGGGAUGAUUUGGCAUGCAUAGGAAAUUGUUGUCCGGAUAGAGGGAUUCUUUUAGUUUCCUUGAAAUUUGAUUGUCAUUUCUGCUAAACACUAUUGAUUGUUAUUUAGAGAAACUUGUAUAUGAAACACUUUACUAUCUCUACUACUGUUGUAUAAGAACAAUCAACCUAAAUAUUAUUCAGCAGCAUUCACAUUUCCACUUGUCAAUUUAUAAGGAAGGGUCUUUCAUUGACCGACUAGUCAAGUGACACAAGAACUACAUUUGUAAAUACAUGCAAAAUAGCUCUCCGGUUUUGUUGUUGAAAUUAGCUAAUCUUUAUUUUUUACAUUUUAUUUGCCUUUUGAUUUUGUGCCAUAUUUGUUUUCUUACAAAUAUACAGCAUGUUUUAACUGUAUUUAAUAACAGCCAAAUUACAUAAUUAUGUGACUAAAUAGAUAUAAUGUCUCUGUUUGUAUGUGUCGCAUUUCUGAUAUAACCAAAAGGGGGAAUUUUUAAGCACUUCCACACACAAUAGGGACCAAAUAAUUCCGAGAUAAAAUGACUUUGUUAAUAAAAGGUCAAUGACUUAAUCAGCCUCAUUAGGUUUAACCAAGAUUGUUAGCAUUCACACAUGAUGUAGUGCAUGUGCCAAGAGUCAUGUCUAAAUUCUUGUGUAAGUUCACGUUUUAAAAAGAAAUUGCAGGAAGUGCACAUUUCUACAAGUAUUUUAUGGGUUGGACUAUAAAUAGAAAUUAUUAAAAAUAUUGAAUUUCUUAUUAGAUGCAAAUUAUUUUGGGUAUAUCUAUCUGCAGAUGAGAGCAUUUCACUGCAUUAAAAGGCUGUUGUCAACUGCUCUUCAAACAACAUAAACUUCCGUCCCUUCAGUUUUUUAAAUAAAAGCUUCCACCGAAAUAAAGGCUUGAGGGUUUACCGGGACUGCAU